UAGCAGAUCACACCAAGAAAAAAAGUUGGAAAAGGAAGCCGAGAAACUUCCUAUUUCGAAAAUAUGAAAUUUUUUGUUUUCUGGGCCCUUGUGGCCACAAUGGGUGUGAAAGCUGCAGAAAAAUCCGUUGUGAUACGCUUCACCCCAGUCACAGCCGAGCAGUACAAAUCUCUCUUGGAGGCCAAUGAAAACAAUGAGAAUUCGCAGCGUUCCGAUAGUCGUUUUAUAUCAUGGUCCCGCCUCUCCAGUUUGGCCUCCAACUUUGAUUUUGGCAAAUAUCUGAACAGAUUAUUUUCGGGAAAUAGGGAGACCAAAAAUUUGGGCAACUAUCCGCUGUGCACACUCAAUGCCCCCAAUGAGGAGGAAGGUAGACAAUUGGAUAUAGCCUCCUAUCCAUUUGAGGAAUACAUCAAUUCACUCAACCUUCCGGGAGAUUACAAUCGAGGAAACCCGGUUAUCAAUUGUGUCUUGGUGUUGGAUGAAAGCAAGAAAAAGUCUAAACCCAGCAAACGGCCUACAACAACUUUACCGCCACCCGUUUAUCAACCUCGUCCUCCUCCACCGCACAACUAUCCACCAUGGUAUCAACCUGCUCAUCCCGGAGUUGAACAUCCCCAUAGCUAUCCUCCAAAAUAUGGUGAUCAUAGUGAAGAGUAUGGCAAUAGCGAUGAUGGACUGAAGGACGACCAUGACAUCUAUUCUGCCUAUUAUCCCCAAUAUCCUUAUCCCUAUGCCUACAUGCCAUAUCACCAGCCUGAAGUGACCGAUGACAAUGACGAAUUUGAAGAAUCUCAUGAUGAAGAUGAAAAACCCCCCGAACACCACCCCACCACACAUCCUCACAUACUGUCACACCUCAAUUUACCCACUCAGGCAUUGCAGUACUUACACCUUAAGAGUGAUAGCAGCAGUCCCACUCGAAGGCCGCGUCCUCAUUAUGGCGCCAGACCACCACGACGCCGUCGUCUUCAUAAACAAAUCAGCCCAUAUCCUGAAUCUUUGUAAUGAUUAUGGUACAUUUGGAAAUUGUGACAUGAAACUUCCAUUGGCAAAACGAAAAGAAACAAAACCCCUUAGGCUAACUCAUUUUAAGUAUUUAAAUGAAGAACAGAAUUAGUGAAGAAGAUAUGUUUA